AUGUCAUCUACCUCGAAUUACACCACUCUCAUCUUCGAUAUUGGUGAUGUUUUGUUCUCUUGGUCCCCGCAGACCAAAACCUCCAUAUCCCCAAACGUCCUACGUAAAAUUCUUUCCUCUCCCACAUGGCAUGACUACGAGAGGGGGAGGAUUUCCCAGGCUGAAUGUUAUGCUAGGGUCGGCGGCGAAUUCUCUGUAGACCCCACAGAGGUUGGUCGCGCGUUCCAAGAUGCUCGUGACUCUCUGCAAUCCAACGAAGAGCUCAUAUCGGUCAUUCGACACCUCAAAGCAUGCUCGGCUGGGAAGCUGCAUGUCUUCGCCAUGUCAAAUAUUUCUGCGCCUGACUAUGAAGUUCUUCGUACCAAGCCUGUUGAUUGGUCGUUGUUCGAUGACAUCUUCACCUCCGCCGGCGUGGGUGAGCGGAAGCCUAACCUUGGCUUCUACAAGGCAGUGAUUUCGAGCACAGGGGCUGACCCCUCCCGCACUAUUUUUGUGGACGAUAAAAUGGAGAAUGUCCUCUCCGCGCGUUCGCUUGGAAUGCAUGGUAUUGUUUUCGACGAUCACCGUAAAGUCGUCCGCGCGCUUUACAACCUACUUGGAGAUCCUGUCGAAAGGGGCAGACAAUACUUGACCGUGAAUGCGAAGAAACUCCUAUCUGUAACUGACAACGGCACUUUCUUACGGGAAAACUUCGCUCAGCUCCUGAUACUGGAGGCGACUGAUAACCGGGGUCUCGUCGAUUUGACUGAUACACAUCGGACGUGGAAUUUCUUCCAGGGAAAACCAUUGCUUACCACUGAAGAGUUUCCUUUUGACCUGGAUACCACGUCCCUUGGGUUGACCGUAAUCGGCAGCCCUGAGGAUGUAGCACACUCCGUCAUGGAUGACAUGCUUGACUACAUCGAUGACGAUGGGAUUAUUCAGACAUACUUUGACCACCGCCGACCUCGGUUUGAUCCGGUUGUAUGCGUCAACGCGCUCACGUUGUUCUAUUCUUAUGGACGUGGCCAUCAGCUCAAUCGCACCCUUCACUGGAUACGUGAGGUGCUCCUGCAUAGAGCUUAUCUCGAUGGUACGCGAUAUUACGCGACCCCGGAGUGCUUUCUUUAUUUCCUUGGCCGGCUGCUUGAAAUCAGCAACGACAUAUACUUGGCAGCAUAUAUAAAGCCGCUGCUGAUCGAACGUAUUCAGGAGCGCAUAGGGGCUGAUGGUGACGCUCUGGCGCUCUCCAUGCGCCUCAAGCUUUGUGCCCACCUUGGAAUACGCAACGACGUCGACCUUCGUACUUUGCUUCCUUUGCAAUGUGAAGAUGGAGGCUGGGAAAUCGGAUGGAUCUAUAAAUACGGGUCCUCCGGUAUUAGAAUUGGAAAUCGCGGUCUUACCACAUCCCUGGCCUUGAAAGCCAUUCAGGAGAUGCAACAACGCUUCCCUAGUACCCUUUCGUCCCCUUCUGCGGUAAGCAGGCUUAUACCACUGCACACUCUCCUCCUGAGCACUUUUUGCAGCGCAAGAGCAACUUGA